AUGGAAAAUAGGAAUAAUGUUACUGAAUUUAUUCUGUUGGGACUUUCUAAGAAUAAGAAAGUUCAGAUCCUCUGCUUUUUAUUUUUCUUACUCUGUUACUUGACUAUUUGGUUGGGGAAUUUGACUAUCAUGGUCUCUAUCAUGCGCAGUCAGCUAAUUAACCAGCCCAUGUACUUCUUCCUUAAUUACCUUGCCUUUUCAGACCUCUUCUACACCUCCACUGUGACACCCAAACUAAUGACCGACUUACUGACAGACAGGAAGGUCAUUUCCUAUAAAAACUGCAUGAUACAGCUUUUUACCACGCACUUCUUUGGGGGGAUUGAGGUCUUCAUCCUCACAGGAAUGGCCUGUGACCGCUAUGUGGCCAUCUGCAAGCCACCUCACUAUGCCAUCAUCAUGAAUAGGCAAAGGUGUAACUCAAUUCUAAUGUCCUCAUGUGCAGGGGGGUUUCUGCAUUCCCUUGGCCUGUUUCUUCUUACUAUAUUUUUACCUUUCUGUGGCCCCAAUGAAACAGAUCACUAUUUCUGUGACGUAUAUGCUUUGUUGAAACUAGCCUGCAGUGAUACACACAAAAUUGGUUUCAUAGUCAUUGCCAAUUCCGGCCUGAUGGGACUGGUGAUCCUCGUGGUUUUGAUGGCCUCCUACUUUGUGAUAUUAUGUAACAAGAGAGCAUAUUCUGUAGAAAGCUGCCACAAGGCUCUUUCCACUUGCAGUUCCCACAUCACAGCUGUAAUCCUGUUUUUUGUACCUGUCAUCUUUGUUUACAUUAGACCUGCCACAACUUUACCGGAAGACAAAGUGUUGACACUCUUCUACACAGUUAUCGUCCCCAUGCUCAACCCUCUUAUUUACACACUUAGAAACACGGAGAUGAAACAGGCUGUAAAGAGAACCUGGUGCAGUAAAAGCUUUUGGGAAAGGAAGCCAGUGACCAGAAGGCUGUUCAUCUUGUGA